AUGGGUUCCGGGGACGCGAGUGUGAAUUACAGCAUACUUCCAACAUCAAAUAUCUGGAUUAAACUCUUCCGGAACGAUCUGCCGUCAGUCAUGGAGAGAGCAUUCCCUUCCCAGGCUUCGGGCAGGUUGAAGUUCAUGAUUGCAGGUGACUCGAUAUCACAUGGCUCAGAAGGCGAUCACACGUGGCGAUACCGUCUGUGGCAGUGGCUCUGYGAAGCUGCUCCCUCAAUGAUCUCUGAAUUUGUGGGCCCAUAUGCUGGGACUGUCCCUCCGGAUCUCCCGCACCCGCCUCAGCCUCCUCGAUUUGCCGACGAGCAAGAACCUCCAGAACGAGACAUCACAACCGGAGGAUAUGCACUAGACGUCUCGAGGGACUUUCAAGGGUGGCAUUUCGCAAAGUCAGGUCGACAGGUCUUCCAAGCCAAGGAUUUGAUCGCCGAGCAAGUUCGAAUUCACCAACCCGACUGGUUGCUUGUGAUGCUCGGGUUCAACGAUCUUGGAUGGUGCGUUAGUGGGCCAGAGGGAACGCUAGAAAAUAUGAUGACAUUCAUAUCGAAUGCUCGGGCAGCAAAGCCAGAUUUGAACUUUGCAAUCGCCAACGUUCCUCAGCGAUCCCCAAUCUCAGGCCACCCGGAGCUACCACAAUGGACAGCACGGUAUAAUUCCAUGCUGAAAACUGCCAUCAACGAGGACCACAAAUCAUCAGGAAAGUCACAGAUUGAGCUGGUGGAUAUAGAGCAACAUUAUGGAAACGUCCCCGAUCACUGCAAAGGCACCUGCGACGGUCUACAUCCCAACUCUCUAGGAGAAUACCAGAUCGCAAAAGCAUUCAGUGCUACACUGAAUCAAUCAUUGAACAUCGGAGGCGCCCCGUUGCAAAUCCCAAAUCACAUCCCAGCUCGGCCGAUUCACACUCCAAAGAAUGUGCGUGCUUGUGGWAUGCCAUUUGGCAUAAGAUUCGCUUUCGAUCCAGUAUAUGGAGCGCGAGGCUAUGAUGUCAGACAGCGAUGCGGUGGAGAUUGGACAGAAGGAUACCAGGGUUCAAACCAGAUGGACAACUCAUUCACCGGUGCUGGAGUGAAAUGGGAAUUUCAAGUACGAACUCGUGGUGGAGAAAAGGACGAAGACAAAAGUGAAUGGUCUGAUGUCGUUUCUGCUCUCGCCCGUCAAGACAACGCUCCUGCCCCGCGAAGUACAGGAGUAUACGCAACGAUGACUGGAUUCGAAGCCACAUGGGAACCUCUGGAUGGGGGAUGGGAUGUUGAGAGGUAUGCUGUACUUUGGCAAGACAAGACCGUUGGAGGAUUCUUGUGUGGGCAAGGAGCUCGUGGAAAUACAACGCGCGUGGAUGGUCUGGAUCCUGGACAUCGCUACGAGGUAUGGUUGCAGACAUGGACUAGUGAUGGGCCUGGGAUUCCACAGAGCGUUUGUGUAUUGGUUGUUGGGAGUGGAGUGUUUUCAAAACCUGGCAGCGGAAAAAAGUGA